AUGACCUUCAAAGCAUCCCAGCCUGUCUCUCAGUUCAUACACAGGGAAGGAGGAACCUAAGAGCCUAUCUUUAUCAUGAAUGCUUUUGGCCUGAUACAAAUUGGCCUCAUACUGUUGUGCACCACCACCAUCUCUAGUCUUCAGUGUAAUCACCUUCCUUUACAGCAAGGAAAAGUCGUUGAGAACAGCCUGAAACUUUUGGACAAAAUGGGCAAAAAGUUUCCUCAACAAUGUCUAAGAGAGAAAAUGUCCUUCAGAUUUCCUGAGCAGGUUCUAAAGCCCAGACAGAAAGAAAAUGUCGAAGUCGUUGUUGAAGAGAUCUUCCAACACAUCUUCUAUAUCUUUAGCAAGAAUCUGACUCUAGCUGCUUGGGAUGGGACAGCUUUAGAACAAUUCCAAAAUGGACUUCAUCAGCAAAUUGAGCAAUUGGAGGCAUGUGUUAUCAAGAAGCAGACCCACUACUUUCGAAGUAAAGAAGUCAACAGGCUGAAAUUGAAAAAGUACUUCCAAAAAUUAGACUGUUUUCUUAAAGACAAAAAACACGACUUGUGCUCCUGGGAGAUCAGCCGUGCAGAAUUGAGGAGAUGUCUUCAGCUGAUUGAUAAAGUCAUAAGGAAGCUGAACAACUGA